CUCCACCACAUUGACAUGCUCCCCAAUACUUCGUCCAGGACCAAUUGAUGUCACCGACCGUGCGCCUCACAGCGACGUUCGUGCCUCUAUUGUCGCCGCCGCUCCGCAUCUCGGUGCUGUCGCUGCGAUGGCUUACUCGCCGCCCGCCUCUCGUUCGCCCGUCGUCGCCGCCAUGUCGCUCGCUUCACCUAUACAAGACGGCCAGAGCAACAACCAUACAUGGCAUGCACAAGAUCAUCGACUACAAAAGAUAUGACCCACCCACGAUCGCCGACUUGGAGCACAAGGUCAACAUUUUGAAGGAUGUGGAAAAUGACGUUGGAGGAACGGUCCGGGAGACGGUUGCAGAAGGCGUUACGAUGGGCCAGGUGUUUACUGACCACAUCAAGCCUGGCAAGAUUUUGCGGCUCGCAAGCACGGUGCCACGCAUCGACACGCCCCCGAACAAGGAUGCACUGGAGAGACGAGGAAGCGCCGACAGAUAUAGAGAUUAUGUCGUUUUCGACGCCUUCAGCACAGGUGUGCACGCCGAGGUUGGUGGCAGAACGGCGACACGCGCUAGGGGCAACUAUAACGAAAUUGCACACAUGCUCGGGCUGCGCGAGGUCAAGCUCCAACUCGGCACACCGAUGACGCAUUUUGCACAGAUGCUGGACAAGGCGUAUCAGUUCAUUCAACUAGGGUGUCCGGUCGAGUUCGAUAUAUGCAUACGCCACUGCACGGACAAGCAGGCCGCCAUCCUCUUCAAAUGUAGCGACCCUUUGGACUCCCUCGACUAUGUGUACAAGCACUUCCCGCACCUCCGGCCCGACUUCAUCUACAAGAGCAUGCCGGAAGGGACGCGCUGGAUCGUAGACCCCUUCACGAACGGCAGACACGUACAAUUCGUCCUCGGUCACGGGACGAAGCGGGAUGAGUUUGGAAUGAGCAACUUCACGAAGCGCGUGUUGAACGUGCAGAAGGCGGUUAGGAAGGGCAUCGAGGAGGGAAGGGUACAGCAGCUCCCCAGGGGGAUGAAGUCUGGGUUCGCUCACGCAGUUUCCAACAAGGGCCAUGAGCAAAACACUGCACCUAUGCGCACCAGGCGGGGCGACCUGGACCGCAUGUGGAAGAAGGACGAGAAUAUAGCAGCAAAUGAGGCGAAGCGCCAAGUAAAUCUGCGCGCCAAGAUGAGCGGCGGAGAGAGGGAGCUCGAGGCCGAAGUUGAUGGAGCAGUAGAGGAAAACUAUGACGCAGUGUACACUAGACACUUGGAAGGGGAUGCUGACCUUUCACCGUUCCUCUCCACCAGUGGACAUUUGUGCGAGAGAGCCUUGGGCGAGAGUUAUAGCAAGUCGCUACUGGGCGAUAUCCAGGGAGCGACGCACGGAAGACUCGAGAAGGAAGAAACACACGCGACCUUGGGCGAACGGGGGGGCCAUAAUUUUACUCCUGGAAGCUACGCUCGCGACCCUACCGACGAGAUCCCCGAAGAAAAGAGACAUCUGUGGGAGGCGUGGACCGCGGGGGGUCAAGACAACGACUCGAGGUAUUAUGUCCCGAGCAAGAAGGAUGCGUCCAAGCUGAGAGACAAGAAGUGGGAACGCUUUUCAAAGUCCCAGGGAAAAGGGCAAAAGGGUGGGCACAAAUCUUCACGGCAGUAAUCUUUGCGUAGUGUUUGGGGGGUGACGUGUAUUCUACCUUGUACAACAGCGUCUGUGGGCGCACUGUCGAGGUAUCGACCCCAGCAUUGGGCACAUGGCAUCCAAUGUUGCGGUACUGCUCGGCUUUCUGCCGAGAGUCGGUUCCAAGCAGAAGCUAUGAAGCUAUGAUUUGUUUUCCGCGUGCUUUGGAUGCACUCUCCUCGUCUAGUUGGCUCUUCUGGUGCCCUGAGAAACGGCGGAGUAGUUCGUGUACGCGGAUCAGCACGGUAUUGAAAUUUCCACCAGAACGGUGGGAUAAGUGGUGGCAUAGGGCGAUGCUACAUAAUUAUCUACGUCCCUCGAGCGGUGCUAGUCCCAAUCUAGAUGCCGGCCCAGAGAAGGUAGUGCCUGGAUCCACA